AUGCAGGACCCACACCCCGGCAACAUCGCCAUCGACGCCCAAGGCUCCCUCAUCUUCUACGACUUUGGCAUGAUGGGCGAGAUCGUGCCCACCACCCGGGAGACCCUGCUGGAGCUGUUCUACGCCGUCAACCGCAAGGACGCGGACGCGGUGGUGCGGCAGCUGGUCUCCCUGGGAAUCAUCGUGCCCACCUCGGACCUGCCGUCCAUCCGCCGCUCCGUCGCUUUCUUCGUCGACAACAUCAGCCGCCAGGCGGAGCAGCAGGAGGCGGUGGCAACCAUAGGAGAGGAUCUGUUCGCCAUCGCGGUG